AACAACAUGAGCGAAUCUGAACUAUUUCCUGAAGCCACUAAAUUCACAUAUGCCAACACUGAUGGAUACCAGAAAGACAGAAUAUUUGAUCCUUACACGUACAGACACAACUACGAUGAGGACCAGUUAGAGACUCUCUUGUCUAAAUAUGUAACAGAGCUCUUAGAUGUACAUAAUGAGUCAAUCAAAUUUAUGGAAGCGGCUCCGGAAAAUAAGUUAUUAGCCAAGUGCAAAGACAGUAUUGAAUUUGGCAUCCAUAGGAUCCGGUCAUUGAAAGUACUCAUCAGCGUCACUCAAGAAAAUUUAAGAAAUUAUUACAGUGCUGAAGAAGAGAUUCAAGAGUUGCCGAUUGAUUCAGAAUUCAAAAUCAUUCAAACUCAUGAGAAUUCUGAUUCUGAAUCUGAGGAAGAAAAAUUCGAUAGAUCAGUUGUGAUUGACCAAGCCGAGGAUGCAAUUAUGAGUCCUUUAGCUUUGAAUGAUGGCAUUCUGGCCUUGCCAGAAUACCAUCCAAGGGUUAAAGUAAAAUAUCUUCAGAAGUUAAUAACAGGAGAGAAGAUUGCAUCUAUCCCCUCGGUUUAUAUAACCCUAGCCUGAAUUGUCAAAAUGCUGGAAAGAAUUAAGGUUGAAAUGUACAUCUUAGAAAAUGAAGAGUGUGGUACUAGUCAAUACAAGAAUGUGUUUAGCUGGACAUUAAAACUAGCUAGCAUUUUUGACUAUUAUUAUGCUUCUUUAAAAGCAAAGCUGAAGAACCCAUUUUAUGGGAAAGAAGAAACUGAUGAAAUUCAGGAGCAUUUUGAAUUCGUUGAAGUCCUGGAUGAAAUCGAAUAUUAUAAGCUUGCAGAUAAAGGAUAUCAAGAAGCAGGAAGAGUUUUAGGUGUGGCAUCUAAAUGUUGAAAGCAUACUAGCAUGUGUAGGCAACUAUUUUCUUUAGCAGGGUGGCUACCAAUGUACUACUUUUUCAAACGUAAAGAAGGAGCUGAUAAAGGUCUUUAUUUUAUGAACACCUUAAAUAAAGAAAGAUUUCAAAGACUUAAUAAAUGGCCUCAGACUGGCUUGGUAAAAUCUAUAAGUAAAAUCACAUCUCCGAAGGUGAAAGUGGAGGAAAAAAUUUUUGUUCAAAUUUCUGUUAAAGAUGAGCUUUCAUAUAAAAGAAAUAUAAGCUCAUCCAAAACUCCUCAGAUGUGUAAAUAAAGAUCUUGAUCUCCCCUUCCGAGUAAAGAUGAAGCAUUAUGAUCCUGAAGAAUACCUUAAGAUUCGUAUUACCUCAAGUGAAGACUGGGACACUGUGAACUGGAAGAAAGGAAAGCUAAAAUCCCCAGAUUCAGAGCCUGUCACUCUUCCUGCAGCUAUUCUUUAUAUCCAUGGAGGAGGAUUUAUUGGUGGUUCAACUGGAUCUUAUAGAAAUGUUUUAAGAAAGUAUGCUACCAUGACUGACUGUCCAGUCUUCUCUGUUGAUUAUAGACUAGCUCCUGAAUAUAAAUAUCCUACCCAGGUUAGUGACAGUUGGCUAUGAUAUCUCUGGAUAAGAUACUAUUCAGAAAAAUACCUUGGCGUUAAAUUCGAAAAAAUAAUCGUCGUUGGAGAUUCAGCAGGAGGUUGAAUUUCUUUAGGAGUCUCUCUACUUGCUAUCCAAAAAGGCUGAAUAAGUCCAGAUGGACUCAUGCUUUGUUACCCAGGUGCUUGAGGGAAUAGGAAUGAGUUCUAUCCUUCCUGAUUACUUUCCACUGACGAGCCGUACCUUAACACAAUGUUUAUCGAUUUUUGAUGAACAUUAUUAUUUGAUGAUGAGAAAAGAAGUAGAGAAUUCAUUUGUUCACCUAUUUAUGCUCCUCGUAAAUUACUAAAGAAGUUACCUCCAAUGAGAGUAGGAAUCCCAGCCAUCGAUCCACUUAGAGAUGCUGCCAUAGAACUGUUCAGGAAAUGAAUAAAAUCAGGAUGAGACGUAAAAGGAAAAAUUUACAAGCAUCUAUUUCACGGAUAUCUAGAAAUGGAUGCCUUCCCAUUCUAUAUGAAGGACUGAGAACUUGCUUUUAAUGACUCAGUAGAAUAUAUUUUAGAGUUGAUAGGACCUGGUCUCUAUUUCAGUUAAAAUGCCUUGGUUGUUUUUAACAUAAAAUUCAGAAUAUCUU